GGUUGUUUUGGGGUAAUACAAGAAAAUCUGCUUUUACUUGUAUUGGAGAUCCGAUUAAUGAUUUACUUGUGGACUUUUUGUCAUAGCUUCACGUAAUAAAGUUCUCCAAAUGUCGUAUGAAAAAGUAACUGGUAUGAUUCUUGCCCUAUUUAUUAUUGAGUGGAUUAUUCAUUCAUUAUUCAGUCAAUGUAACUCUCUGUGUGUUUAGCAACUGAAAAAUCAGCAAUAUUGGUUUAAAUAAUAGUCAUUUAUUAAAUCUUUAGCUCUGAAAUAAUUUGUUUAGAUAAUUAGUGACAAAUAUGACGUGUUCUUGGCUAAAUCAGACUGCCUAACUCCGGAUUUUUUCAAAAUGAGCGAGAUUUCUCCUUAUUAGGUCACAAUCUUUGACUAAUAUCGACCACCUCUUGGUUUUCACAUGGAUUUCACGUCUCGUGUAAAGUUUCCUUCUAAAAAUGAGCAGCACUUCGUCGAGUAGUGUUUUUCAACCUAUAUUUCUAUUUGGAUCUGCUAAUUUUGGUUCGUAUAGCUACAUAAAAUAUAAUUUUUCUCUGGCAAUUAUCUAUUGUUGAUCUGUCAUAAUGACCAACCUCACAAGACUCCGUGACCUAAGCAUCCCUAUGUGCAUUUGAAUAAAUCGUGUUUCAGCUGUAAACUGCUUCACCAAAAAGAUUAGUUUUUGUGUAUCUGUUAGACGUAAAUAAAGUUCGUUACAAAACUAGUUAGGUUAUUUUACUCUUUUGGUGAAACAGUGAAAAAUACUUUAUUUAUUAACGGAGACCUGUCUUAGUGAAGGGUAAUAACCAUUUUAUAGCACUGGUGUAAUAACGACUAGAAGCUCAUAGGCUGAUCCAGUAUGAUGAGUAAAGCUCUUGCAAAAUUAGUAUAGGUUCUGUUUACCCGGUAGAAAUAUUACAUAAUGUCGUUCAAAUUUGUUCUCGAUUUAUUAACAUCUGUUUUUUCUCCCUUUGGUUCUCCUUUCUGACAUAUUUUUCUUGAAAGUAAGUCUUCGUUUACUAAUAGUUGUCGGAUCGAUGGUGAAUUCUUUAUUAUUUUUUGUUUAAGUGACUUAUAUCGUUAUUAUUUUAAGUGUUUCAACAAAGCUUAUUUCUGAUGUCGAAUAUAUGUAACAUUAAUUUAUAGAUUUAGUUACGAGACUAAAAGUAGUUUGUAUUAUAAUCUGACAACAGUAGUUGCUGAGUAGUGCUUGUAUACUCCUUCAAGAAUAUGCACUCCAGGACUUGUGUACUUGUCAUUAAGUAUAUGGCGUUUAAGCCACUAAUUUGAAAUAUAGUGGUUUACACUUUUGCACUUCAGUUGAUUCGAGUUAGAAUAAUUGUUCGACUGGAUAAGUUUCCUAUAUUUAAGAACCACCUUUCAAGUGAACUUGUAUAUGGUUUUAGUUUAUCAUCUUAGCUACGUACUUCAGAAAUGCGAAUGAUCUAAAGAUAAUCUUGAUUAGGAAUUGUGACUUAGUAGUUAUUUUUUAUUAGGUUUUAAACUAAAUCUGUUUUACUCUAGCUGCAAAUACUACUGACGGUAACUAUAAUUGGACUUUUACUAUAAACUGAAAUAAGUCAUAUUUAAUGAACAGAUAACACUGAUAUUUCCAUAUUGCUUUUAAACGUGUAGUUCCCCUGUGGUUAUUUUAUUACUGGUCGCUUCCGAUCACUCAUCUGUUCACCCUUAAAUGCCUUGGUACGGUCGAGGAUGGGAAGAUUUCCCUCUACCUCUCAUAGCCACGCGUAAACAUCCACUGACAGGAAAGUCCUACUCAGUGCUUUCUCUCACAACGGGUGUUGUUUACGAAAUGAAGAGGACAAAAAGCGAAUGUCCGAUGCUUUAACCGGUUUGGUGGACCCUCCGUGUCCACCUAGGGGAGUUGGAAUACUCCUACUCCAGACCAAUUGUGCACAUGUGGUCCAGUAUCCUGAAGGAACAAAUGACAUAUAAACCUAUUGUUGGUCAUCGGCUACCAUGGUACUGCAUCUCCUAACGUUGCUCCACUGCCUUGUGGAUCAGACCUUGAGAUAGAAGGCUCCAGAUGUAUCUCCCUAAGAAAAUCACCUGCUUCGGUUUGAGCACCUGGGCAUUAUUCCAGCCCUCACACAAAUCGAGUGAUUUAUGUGGCGCAUAUGUAUUUGGUGCCUCCUUGUACCAAUGUUUAUGUGCUUAAAUAAAUAAAUUCCUACAUCCUCCUACUCCUGAAUCCAACGGUCUAGUUAUACUUUUUGUUUCGGAGUUUCUUUUGAACUUGACUUCCGUUGCUUACAAGUAUUGCAUUACUUUAGUCAUCUCUAGUACCACUUUGCGAUAACUAUAGUCUUACAAGUGAAAAUAUGCAGUGUUAUGUUGCUAAAUCGUUUGAUGACUUCUUUUAGUGAAUUAUUCCCGGUCUUUUUCAGGUCUGCGUUUGUCUGUGGCAGUUCUCACUGUCAGCGACACAUGCUCCAAGGAUAUUUUACUCGAUCAAAGUGGUCCAGUUGCUGAAAGUUUACUCCAGGAGGCAGGAUUUAACGUCCCGUUAAAAGAUUGUGUCCCGGAUGACCCACAUAUUAUUCGUCGCGUAAUUAUGAAAUGGGUAGCUUCUCGUCAAGUAGAAGCCGUACUUACGCUAGGGGGUACAGGUCUGUCUAGAAGGGAUGUUACUUCGGAUAUAAUUAUUGAGUUAGUUUCCCCAAAUCAACGUCUACAUGGUAUUGAGCACUCUCUUUAUUCUAUUUCACUUCAAAAUACCCCGAUGGGUGCUUUAUCACGAUUUGUAGCUGGAGUAUGUAAUGAAACUCUACUAAUAACCUUACCAGGUAGUACACACGCAGUUUCUCAGUGUGUCCCAGUUAUUCUUCCAGUAAUGAAACAUGCUAUCCAGCAAAUCAAAGGUUGGGAUCAUCUUGUAAAAUUAGAACAUCCCAUUCAGUAUAAUCUGGAUAAAAGUAUAUUAGAACGCGAAUAUCCUGUCGUUAGUCGUUGUAGACAUUCUAAAUAUCCAAUGAUAUCAGUUGAUGAAGCACUUGAGAAGAUAUUCGCUGUGUGCAGUUUUGAGAUGGGGAUUGAAGCAGUGUUUUAUAAAAAUGCUUUAGGUCGUGUUCUUGGUCGAAGUUUAAAGUCACGUCAGUGCAUUCCUCCUGUUGAUGCGAGCAUGAUGGACGGAUAUGCUGUUCGAUUUAUGGAUGGUGCUAGUCAACUAAAAGUUGUUGGUGCGUUGUAUGGUGGGGAUCAUAUGUGUGCAGGUAGAGAGUUAGUUGUUACUCCAGGCACAUGUGUUCGUGUUAGCACUGGCAGCCCUAUUCCCUCUGGAGCUGAUUGCGUUGUUCCAAUAGAGAACACCAAACUUAUCUCUAAACGAAAAGGUGGACCUGUAGAUCUUUAUUUAGAAGAAGAAGACACGAUUGAAGUGACUAUUCCACCUGGAGGUAUUGGGCAGUUCAUUCGUCCAGCUGGUGUCGAUUUAGACAAGAACUUUGUUUUUAGGCGAGGACUACGCCUUGGUUCAACGGAAUUAGGGUUGAUUUCCGGUGCAGGUUUGCUAACACCUUGGCCAUCUAAUCAUGCAGAUUAUGUCAAGGCAAAUGAAGGUCCAAUUCCCCACGCGGUUUUAGAUCGUCUUUUGCAAGGCGGAUACCUACCCUGUCUAGAGCAAUGUCGCAUUGGUGUCUUAUCGACUGGAAAUGAGGUUUUAGAUUGUGUUGUUUCUGAAACAAAGCCUUUUGUGAGAGACAGUAACCGCCCUGUUUUAAUCAACCUGCUGCACAAACAUAAUUAUUUUAAUGUUGUAGAUUGUGGGAUUUUAACCGAUGAUCGAAAAUCCUUAAGAAUGGGCUUGUCCAGGGCUUUAACCUUGUGUGAUAUUCUUAUCACAACAGGCGGCGUAAGCAUGGGUGAACGUGAUAUGGUUAGUAAGAUACUAAUCGAAGAUUUUAAUGCAACUCUCCACUUCGCUCGAGUGUUUAUGAAACCAGGGAAACCAACAACAUUCUUAUCUGUACCUCAUCAUGAUAAUUCAGCCAUUGCCGCUUCUACUACCACUAAACCAAAGCCUGUGUUAGCAUUUUGCCUACCAGGUAAUCCUGUGUCAUGUUAUGUAACAGCGCAUCUAUUUGUUUUGCCCUUAUUAAGGAAGUUGGACUUACGACCUCUUGAAGAAUGGUGCUUUCCAAGUAUUCAUGUACGGUUGUUACAUUCUGUUAAACUGAGUGAUCGUCCAGAUUACAGACGUGCCAGAUUAGUUUGGAAAGAGAAUUCAGAAUAUAACCAACCUUCGGUACCUUGUGCAUCUUGUGAUAUGAUGGAGAAUCAAAUGAGUUCUUGCUUAGCUAGUUGUCUUAAUUCUAAUUUGUUACUGGUACUACCUCCCAUUGUUAAUGACGGACCACAGGAAAUUCCUGUUGAUUCUGUUGUUAAUGCUUUAGUUAUUGAUUCGAUAUUUUAAAGUUGAACGCUUCAUAUUGAAUAGACCUAUCACUUAAUUAAAUUAUAAUCUGACUACUGUUGUUUAUUUUCGUGAUUAAGAAUAAAAUAUUUAUUGAGC